AUGGAACAGGUCAACAAAUCCUCAGUAACAUAUUUCUUGCUCCAAGGCCUAUCAGAUAUUCCCCAGGUACAACUAUUCUUAUUUAUCUCUUUUUUAAUUAUAUACCUUCUGACUCUUUUUGGGAACUUUGCUAUUGUGACUAUUAUUUAUUUUGAUUGUAAACUUUAUACCCCUAUGUACAUCCUUUUGAGUCAUUUGUCCUUUUUGGAUAUAUGUUACACCACAGUUACUAUUCCUAAGAUGUUGAUGAAUCUUAUUUUGGGCAGCCGUGUGAUAUCCUAUAAUGCUUGUUUUACACAACUCUUUUUCUUCAUUUCAUUUGGACAGUCAGAGAGUUUUCUUUUGGCUGUUAUGGCAUAUGACAGAUAUGCAGCUAUAUGUCACCCUUUGCACUAUAUGGACAUCAUGACUCAUAAAAUUUGCACCAUCCUCACUGGCUUUUCCUGGUUUACAGGAUUUUUGAAUUCCGCCUUACACACUGGAUUGGCAACACGACUGUCAUUUUGUUCGUCUAAUAAAGUUUCCCAUUUCUUCUGUGAUAUCACACCUUUGCUGAAAUUGUCCUGUGUCAAUACCUUUAUCAAUGAGGUAGUGAUAUUUGUAGCAGGGGUAUUUGUGGUAUUCACACCUUUUCUAUGUAUCAUAAUCUCUUAUAUAUACAUUAUUAGUUCUAUCUUAAAGAUUCCGUCUGUCACAGGACGAUACAAGACCUUCUCCACCUGUAGCUCACACCUCACAGUCGUCUGUAUGUUCUAUGGUACCGUUCUUCUGAUGUAUAUGCGACCCUCAUCUUAUGCACAGGAUCAUGACAAAGUAUUUUCAGUGAUCUAUACCUUUAUCACACCAUUACUAAAUCCCUUUAUUUAUGGAUUGAGAAACAGAGAGAUAAAGGACUCCUUAAAAAAAACAAUUCAAACAGACUAUUACAAUGCAGUUUUAUAUUGGUCUCAAAUCCGGCUUGCAACAUACUGA